UUCUGCCUGCGGCUCAAAGUUUGAGGACGCCAAUGCACCCCGGGCGCUUAUUUUUUUAAAACGUAAUAUCCCCUCCCCUUGCCAUUCUGACUUAUUAACAUAGCAUUUUAUAUUUGUAAUCUACAACUCGUCGCUCCUCCCGAUAGUCGACAUACUUCCAUGCAAGAGACGCAUCAAACAGAGGGGAUAAGCCGUUGACGUCAUUAUUCUUUUUGGUAAUUUUUUUUUUUGUGCUGGAGGAUUAGCUAAUUUAAUCAUUCAGUGGCUGGUGGACAUAUUUUUUAAAAAGCUGUAGAUCUGUAAAACUUCUGCAAUGAUGCCAGUGUUGUUCCACCUGCUGCUGCUGGAGUCCAUCUUGAUGUGCAGCAUGGCUAGAGGUCCCCCCAGAGUGUCAGAGCACGUGUCCCACCGGCAGAGCGUUCGCCUAGGCCGCACGGUCAAGCUGCCGUGCCCCGUGGAAGGCGACCCGCCACCGCUCAUCAUGUGGACCAAAGGCGGCCGCAACAUUCACAGCGGCUGGACGCGAUUCCGGGCGCUGCAGCACGCUCUGCGCAUCAAAGAGGUGGAGGCGGACGACGGCGGCGCCUACGUCUGCAAGGCCACCAACGGAUUCGGCAGCGUCAGCGUCAACUACACGCUCAUCAUCAUCGAUGAUUCCCAAGCCGGAGCAGCCAACUCGGACCAUGUCUCGGAGCUGGCCGGGAAGCUGGUGCGCCCUCGCUUCACUCAGCCAGCCAAGAUGAGGAAGCGCGUCAUCGCCCGGCCAGUGGGCAGUUCCGUGCGCCUCAAAUGCACGGCCAGCGGCAACCCUCGGCCCGACAUUGUGUGGCUAAAGGACGGUCGGCCGCUGGCCCACGGCAAUGACGAAAAUGGCGGCGCGGAGGAGGACAGGAAGAAGAAGUGGACUCUGAGUCUCAAAAGCCUGACGCCGGAGCACAGCGGCAAGUACACGUGUCACGUGUCCAACCGAGCGGGACACAUCAACGCAACCUACAAAGUGGAAGUCAUACAACGCACCAACUCCAAGCCAAUCCUGACAGGCACUCACCCAGUCAACACGACGGUGGACUACGGUGGCAGCACGUCCUUCCAGUGCAAAGUGCGCAGCGAUGUCAAGCCUGUCAUCCAGUGGCUUAAGCGGGUGGAGGCCGGUGACGAGAGCAAGUUCAACUCCACACUCGAGGUGGGGGACCACCGCUAUGUGGUCCUUCCCACGGGGGACGUUUGGUCGCGGCCCGACGGCUCGUACCUCAACAAGCUUCUGAUCACUCGUGCUAAGAAGGAAGACGCUGGCAUGUAUAUCUGCCUGGGCGCUAACACCAUGGGCUACAGCUUCAGGAGCGCCUACCUUAUUGUGCUGCCAGAUGUGAAGCCCCAAAACAACUUAGUCUUGACAGCUGCCUCACCCAGCCUGCCUUGGCCCGUCAUCAUCGGGAUACCGGCGGGCGUGGCCUUUGUCCUGGGUACUGCCCUCCUCUGGUUCUGCCAGUCCAAACGCACCUGCCCGUCAUCAUCCUCCUCUUCGUCUUCCUCGCAAGCCUCCUCUGCCCUCCCCGUCUCGCAACGGCUCCCGGUGGCGGGCCGCGAGCGCGCGUCCCCCGGCGCCGACAAGGAUGGCCUGUCCUACGAGGACUACGUGGCCCACCAGAACCAGAACCAGCCGCUGACCUCCUCCAAGAUCUACCCCAAAAUCUACACACACGACAUCCACACACACACGCACUCGCACGUGGACGGUAAAGUGCACCAACACCAGCACAUUCACUACCAGUGUUAGCAACAAAGGGACAAAUGACAGCCAUGACACUUUAGUGCAUUUUGGAACACAAUGAAGAAUGUAAAGAGAGAUUUUUUUUUUUAAACAAUCAAAAGUCCCUCAGAGUAUUUUUUUAAGCUAACUAUUGAGGAAUAAACAGGCCCUCGUGUUCUGCCAUUCAAAAUAAAUUGUGUCUCCUGUACAUAGUCAGAUACGAUUAUAUAGCAUUUAGCAUGCUUCUUCACCCCCCGGGGUUUUUGUAUAAAAUGUACGGUAAUAAUGUGAGUGUAAUGUUGUAGUUUCAUGUCAGUGUAGUUCAAGAAACACACUAACCCGAUUCGCGUCUCUGGGAGUAGGAGAAGGCGAGAAAAAAAAAGGCUGCUCAACACUGCAAAGCACUCUGUAAAUAUUUCAUGAAAUAGACCAUCACAGUCACCAUUAUGUGCAAUUAUUUUAAAAUACAGCCCACAAAGCCAGUUUCAGUAGGCAUCGUGAAAUUUGGUCGAUCGUGAGUAGACCCACAAAAAGUCAUGUCUAAAAAGAGACAGGAAGGACUGCAGGUAGACAAGUUUGAUGACUCACUUUCACUAUAGAAUGCUGGGUUGGAUUUUUUAUUUUAUUUUUUUUUUAGUUGGCUCCCUAAUCCAGUUUCUUUAGAUUUUUUGAAAACUCGCCACUGGCUUAAAUUAGCACUCUUUAUCAAGACGUUUUUUUUGUGGAGCUCAUCUUGAGUGUCCCUAAUGUUUUGACCACGGAAUGCCUGCAUUCACAUUGGACAUCACACUGCAUCUCAAGUUUAUACCAGUUAAAAUCUGUGAAGCUAUUUCGACAAUUACAAUACGUUGUUAUUUUUGCCUGUGCUGUGUUGAAAGCUAACAGACUGCCGUCACUACAAACUAAUAUGUCUUAGCGCUGGUAUGCAUGUACAUGAGAAAAAACAAUUUUUUAAAGUCGUCGAAUUCGUGACUAAAAAGAAAAAAUUAAAAAUGUUUCAAGAUUGGGAGAAAACUGCAUUUCUAAUUUAUUUUCUUUGGGGCAUUAUACUGCAUAAAUGUGCAUAUAUAUAUAUAUAUAUAUAUAUAUAUGCGCACAAUGGUGUCAUUGUAAAAUAAUGUUAUUUAUACCUGUUGGCAGAUAUAUGUUAUGUAAACUCGUAUGGACAAUCUUGUACAGUUGCUCUUUUAUUGCAUAUAAAUUGUUGCCAUUACAAAAUGUAAUCUGUUGCAUUCUUGAUUUGAGUGUUAAAUGUGGACUACAAUCCGAA